AUGACAAACUUAGAAAACAUCUGCGGUAAAUUUAACUCUUCAAUAGAGAAUAUGAAACUUAUAGUAUGUAACGAACUUCAAAGUAUAGAUACAACAAAAGUUUUGAACUCAGAUGCUUUGAAGAGUCUUAUAACAGACAAAGUUGGAGUUGUUGAAAGAAAAUAUAAAGACCAAAGAGUUUGUGAAAAUGUUGCAAAUUUCAUUAUGGUUUCAAACAACGCCGUUCCGAUGAAGUUAGAAAGUUCUGACAGAAGAUAUGUAGUUGUCAGAACGUCAGAUUCUCAUAUGCAAGAUACAGAAUAUUUUGACGACUUAGCAGAAACUUUGACACCUAACUUUUACAACCACUUGUUCUCAUAUUUCAUGACAUUAGAUAUUUCUAAGUUCAAUCCAAGACAAAUUCCAUAUACCGAAGAGAGACAAACAUUGUUAGAAGCAAACAAGAGUGUAUAUGAACUGUUUAUAGAUGAGACUAACUUUGAGUGUUUAGAUGAAAGGUCAUUGUACGAUUCAUAUAAACAGUAUUGUCAAGAGUAUGGUUAUAUGGCAGCGUCUAAACGAACAUUCUUGGCAAAUGUCAAAAAUCUUUUAGACAUACAGAACGGCGUAUAUACAAAGAAAAAUUUUUCUGAGUAA